AUGGCACCCGGCCGCGCCCUGCCCCUGGCGCUCGUCUUGGCGCUGGCGUGCCUCCUCCCGCGCCACGCCGCGGCGCAGCAGGCCGACGAGGCGCGGCUGCUGCUCCGGAUCAAGCGGGCGUGGGGCGACCCGGCGGCGCUCGCGUCGUGGGGCGCCGCGGCCGCGGCCUCGCACUGCAACUGGACCUACGUGUCCUGCGACGCGGCGGGUCGCGUCGCGUCGCUGGCGCUCCCCAACGUGACGCUGCCGGCGGGCGCCGCGCUGCCCGACGACAUCGGCGGGCUCGCGGCCCUCACGGCGCUCGACCUCUCCAACACCAGCGUCGGCGGCGGCUUCCCGGCGUUCCUCUACGACCUCACCGCCCUCGUGCGCGUCGACCUCUCCAGCAACCGCCUCGCCGGGGUGCUCCCGGCCGACAUCGGCCGGCUCGGGGCCAGCCUCACCUACCUCGCCCUGGACCUCAACUCCUUCACCGGCGCGAUCCCGGCGGCGGUGUCCAAGCUCACCAACCUGACGUACCUCGGCCUCAGCGGAAACCAGCUCACCGGCACGAUCCCACCGGAGCUCGGUUUGCUGGUUAACCUCGAGACGAUCAAGCUCGAGAAUAAUCUGUUCGCCGCCGGCACGCUGCCGGAGUCGUUCAAGAACCUGACGAAGCUGACCACCGUCUGGCUGGCCAACUGCAGCCUCGGCGGCGAAUUCCCGAGCUACGUCACGCAGAUGACGGAGAUGGAGUGGCUCGACCUGUCCAGAAACGGGUUCACCGGCAGCAUACCGCCCGGGAUUUGGAACCUCCGGAAGCUGCAGCACCUGUACCUGUACUCCAACAACCUCACCGGCGAGAUCACCAUUAGCGGCCCGAUCGGAGCAGCAAGUUUGGUGGAGGUUGACCUGUCGAUGAACCAGCUGAUCGGAACCAUCCCAGAAAGUUUAGGGAGCUUGCUGCAACUACGGUUCUUGAACUUGCAACAGAAUAAUCUCACCGGCGGGAUACCGCCGAGCAUUGCCCGGCUGCCGUCCUUGGUAUUCCUGUGGCUGUGGGACAACCACCUCAGCGGGGAGCUCCCGGCGGAGCUCGGGAAGGAGACGCCGCUGUUAAGAGACAUCCAGAUCGACGGCAACGACUUUUUCGGGCCGAUACCGGAGGGGAUCUGCAGCCACCAACAGUUGUGGGUGCUCACCGCCUCCGGUAACCGCCUGAACGGCUCGAUCCCGACCGGUCUCGCCAGCUGCUCUGCUCUCAUAUGGCUCCAGCUCCAAGAUAACGAGUUGUCCGGCGAGGUGCCGGCCGCUCUGUGGACGGUGCCGAAGCUUCUGACCUUGUACCUGCAGGACAACCGGCAGCUGAGAGGAAGCCUGCCGGAGAAGCUGUACUGGAACACGACGAGGAUUUACAUUGACAACAACCGGUUCACCGGACGGAUUCCGACAUCGGCCACUCGUCUCCAGAGGUUCCACGCCAGCAACAACUCGUUCUCCGGCGACAUACCGGCGGAGCUUGUCACUGGGAUGCCACAGCUGAAGGAGCUGAACCUGGCGGGGAACAUGUUGUCCGGGGUAAUCCCUUGA